AUGGGCGUGGCGUCGCCGAACGAAACGCCCAAGGAUAACUAUAUCAUCGCUCAUAGGCAUAAGCUUCGCCACAAGAAUAACACCAGCGUGAUAGUUUCCGACGAGGAUUCUGAGCUGGAGAUCCAGAUUUCGAGCAAUAAGGGCCGCUGGCGCCGUAACUCGGGCGAGAAGGCUCUGCGUGUUUCGUCGUUGCAGAGUUUCAAGAAAGACUAUAAGUUUAAGUUCGACAAGAAGAAACCCAAGGCUAACACUUCGAAUCCACACGCCCAGGGCCCUGCGGUGUCGUUUUCGCUUCCUGGAACUUCUUCUUCAGUCACAGGCCUCGAAGACCCUGUCUCAUCGCCUCUUUCCCUCGGCAGCGAUGCCUCUUUCCAUUCUCAUCUCCCCACUGUUCCGCUUCAGCAUCCUCCGCAUUCACAGCAUUCCCAUCACCAACAGCAUUCCAUCCAUCAUCUGCAUCAGAACAAUCAUCAAUCUCCACCACCUCCACAUCUGCCUAGCACGCUAUGGACGCAGCAUUCUGCUCAGAAACCAACCUCACAAUCCCCGGGAAGCCAAAGUCCUGAUGACUUGGAAAGCCAGGGCCACUUGCGUACUCCAAGCAAAAAGGUCCGUAACUCUUCUAUCACGCAGUCGAUGUUUCUUAAGAGACGCAUGCUUCUUUCGAAGGAUCUUCAGUUGGAGUUGCUAGAGUCUAACAACUCGCCCAACUCUCCAACAAAUGUCAUGAGUUCUGAUACAAAGUUUCCCAGUCAGGUGCUGCCUCAUCCAUACAGACCCAGUCCUAAUCUUGUGGAUGAUAGUGUGUCGCCAUCCCAAACCUUCAAUCCGCUCCGUACACUUAGGUCUCCAUCGCCUCCACUACAAAGCUUUCUUCCUGAAGAGCCCAGUAUGCGCCUGCAAAACAAGCUUAUUACUGAGCUCAACAGAAAGUGGAACAAGGCGGUUCUCGAUUCAACUGAUAAACGCACCGAACUCAAAGAACCUGUGAUGGCAGCUCCUUCGUCGUCCAGAAAGAGAGACCGUUCGGAGCUGGUAUCCAGCACUGAUAGCCACGCUAUCUACUAA